GCUUUGCAUUAGCAAAAUGAUUAUCUUGCGCCUCUCUAUAUUUUUUAGCUUUAUUCUGGUGCGGGUGUGCUUUGUGUGUAACACAUUCGUGUUAAAAACAAGUGGAAAAUUAUCUGUGAGUGACAUCAACAAGAGAAGCAGUUUAACAUCAGCUUUAUAUCGUGUAGAGGUGACAACCGCUGAUGAUCAGUGGGGAACAGGGACCGACGCAGAUGUUAGUAUUCAAAUCUUCGGAGUCAAAGGAAACACAUCAGUUGUUGAACUAACCAAGCCAGGCAACCUGUUUGAAAGCGGAAACACCGAUAAAUUCAUUAUUUUGGGAAAGGCUGUUGGUUCCCUGACAAAAGUUGGUAUCAAAAGGAAUGAAAAAGGACUCUUUGACAGCUGGAAAUUAGCGAUGGUUACUGUUCAGCCUGCUGGAUCUCUUGUUCACAAGUUUGCUUUUAACGAUUGGAUACCUCCCAAUAAAUGGGUGUACAGUUUUGGUGGACAUAUGCAUCGCCGGGCUUUUAAGCAUACUUGAUUUUGAAAAUCACAAGGAGGGACUUUCCUUUUCCAUUAUUGUAAUACCUAGGGCUGAUUGUAUACAUCUGAUUGU